AUGGAGGCGUUCAAAAAAUUUGCAAUUUUUCUGGUCAAAUCGAUUUAUUUGACGAUUUUGGCGAUUGUCACCGCAUUUUUGCCAACUGGCGUUUUGCCGAAGAAAAGUGUUAGAGGUGGGUGGAAUUUUGAAUCUGAAAUUGAAAUUUGGAGCAUUUUGAGCCCAAGAUUGCUCAUGUUUGGGCUCAAAAUGCUCCAAAUUUCAGGGAGAUUCUGAAUUUCGAUAUCCUGAUGAAAUUCCGGAUUUUUUGAGCCCAAGAUUGCUCAUGUUUAGGCUCAAAAAGCUCAGAAUUUUGAGCAGAAUCUGAAAAUUUCAGAAUCCCCUCAAAAUUCCGGAUUUUUUGAGCCCAAGAUUGCUCAUGUUUGGGCUCAAAAAUCUCAGAAUUUUAAGCAGAAUCUGAAAUUUAGAAUCCCCUAGCCACUAGGCAUGUUUAGGCUCAAAAAAUCCGAUUUUCCAGGUGAAAAAGUGUUGAUAACGGGUGGCGGAAGCGGAAUCGGCCGCGCGUUAGCCAUCCGCUUCGCGCAACUCGGAGCCAAAGUCAUAAUUUGGGAUGUGAAUGACAAAGGAGCCGCUGAAACCAUCGAAAUUAUCCGGAAUCAAGCGGAAGCGGAAGCUGUUUCCUACCACGUGGAUCUUUGUAGUGCUUCGGAGAUCAGCGAGACUUCGAGAAAAGUUCGCGAAGAAGUUGGAGAUGUUGAUAUUCUGGUGAAUAAUGCUGGAAUUGCGGUGGCAAAGUUGAUUUGUUUGAAUACGGAGGAAAUUGUGGAGAGAACACUGACUGUUAAUACAAAAGCGAUUUUUUAUGUGAGUUUUAGAUUUGGCUAAAAAUUUGGAGCAUUUUGAGCCUAAACAUGAGCAAGUUUGGGCUCAAAAAUCUGGAAUUUUGAGGGGGUCUGAAAUUUUCAGAUUCAGCACAAAAUUCUGAGAUUUUUGAGUCCAAACAUGAGCAAUCUUGGGCUCAAAAAAUCUGAAAUUUUGAGGGGAUUCUGAAAUUUUCAGAUUCUGCUCAAAAUUCUGAGAUUUUUGAGCCCAAACAUGAGCAAUCUUGGGCUCAAAAAAUCUCAGAAUUUUCAGCAGAAUCUGAAAAUUUCAGAAUUCCAGAUUUUUUGAGCCCAAGAUUGCUAAUGUUCAGGCUUUGCAGCCCGGUAUAUUUGAGCUACAGUAAUCCUUGCAGUCCGGCCUUCUCUGGUGUCUUUUAAAGUUGAUUCUGCGUUCUAAAGUGUUCAAACUGCAAGGUAUACUGUAGCUUGGUAGAUAUGCCGAACUACAAGGUAUACUGUACCUCAAACUGCAAAGUCUUCAAAUUUUUCGAAAAAUGAGCAAGUUUGGGCUCAAACAAUCUGAAAUUUUGAGGGGAUUCUGGAAUUUUCAGAUUCUGCUGAAAAUUCUGAGAUUUUUGAGCCCAAACAUGAGCAAUCUUGGGCUCAAAAUGCUCCAAAUUCCAAGGCGAUUCCAAAAAUUUCCAAAUUUCCAGGCCACCCAAAACUUCCUACCUCAAAUGCUCGCCAAAAACCACGGUCACAUCGUCACCCUCGCUUCAAUGGCCGGAAAAGUUGCUUCAGCCGGUUUGAGUGCCUACACGGCUUCAAAACACGCCGCAGUCGGAUUUCACGGAAGUCUCACCGAUGAAUUGAUCGCUUUGGGCAAGACUGGAGUUCGGACAACUCUAGUCUGCCCGUAUUAUGUGAGAACUCCGAUGUUUAAUGCGCCAGAUGUUGCGGGGUACGGUUUUUCGGGGGUUUCGGCUGAAAAUUUCAGAUUUUUUGGUAUAUUUUUCGAAAAUUUUGGAUUAUUUUGAGGUACUGUAGGCUUUGCAGUUCGAAAUCUUGCAGUUUCAGGUAGAGUAAUCCUUGAAGUCCGAAAUUUUCUAAAAUUCUUAUAACUACAGUAUGCUUUGCAGUUUGAGCUACAGUAAUUCUUGCAGUCCGAAAUUUCCUAGAAUUCUGGAAGCUACAGUAUCCCUUGCAGUUUGAGCUACAGUAACCCUUACAGUCGGAAAUUCUCUAGAAUUCUGGAAGCUACAGUAACCCUUGCAGUUUGAGGUACAGUAAUUCUUGCAGUUUGAGUACUGUAGAACAGAUUCCACGUUUUUUGACACCAAAAAAGCCCGGACUGCAAGAAUUACUGUAACUCAAAUAUCGUGGACUGCAAGGGGUACUGUAUCUCAAACUACAAGAACUACUGUACCUCUGGAACCCCAAAUUACAAGAAUUACUGGGAUUUUUCAAUUCCCGAACUGCAAAGGGUACUGUAGCCUACGAAAUUUCUCGGACUGCAAGGAUUAGUAUCGUUUGUAAUCCUAGAGGUACUGUAGCCCAGACUGCAAGAAUUACUUUAGCCCGAACUGCAAGGUAUACUGUAGGCCGAACUGCAAAAAUCAAGCUUGUCAAAAAACGUGUGAAAUUUCCGCCCUACAGUAACCCCAGGCAUAUAUUUGGUGUCAAAAAACUGCAAAUUUUCGCGCCAAAAAUCCUACAGUAACCUGAAAUUCUUACAGUUCCCCACUUUGCCCGAUUCUCGAAGUCGACUAUGUUGCCGAUCGAAUUGUGGAAGCCGUUCAAACCGACGCCGAACUUUUGAUAACUCCAAAAGCCGGAUAUUUUAUUGUGUUUUUGAUGAGGUUUGUGGAAUUUGGGGAGUUCAGGAAGCUUCAGAAGGUCUAGAAGUUCCAGGAACUUUUUUCUGAAGCUUCAGAAGGCUUCUGAAGUUCCAGAAGAUUCUGAUGAAUUAUUUUUUCCAGCAUUCUUCCAACUUCAGUUUCGCGACUCCUUCGAGAAUCGGCUGGAAUCAGCAAACAUUUCGAAAAAUCCAAGGAAGCCUGA